CUUGAUAAAAUACGAAAUUCAGUUAUCUCUUGACUGCCUUGACCAAAAAAUGCAAGAAGCAACCGAAACAUCUCGAACUAUGUACAACGAAUAUAUUAAAGAGCAAUUGAACAGCAUAAAUAAAACUUCUAUUAACAAUAAUUUGUACAGUUUUAUGGAAAACGAAAUUAUUCAGUUAAACAAAUUAGUCGAUAUCAAACACAAUCAGUUGGAAGAACUUUUUAUAUUGAAUAAAAUAUUGAUAAGGAGACUUUUUAAAGUCGAAGUCGAACUGAAAUAUCUCGAAGAGAGAGCAGAUUCAGCUGAAUGGGGAGACCACGUGGACAGAAUGUCAGAUGACAGGUUGUCAAAUAUUGCAAAGGAAGAAAAACCGAAUACAACCCGACCGCCUACAAGAUGGUAUGAAAGCUGGUCUUCAUCAUCCCAGAUGCAAUUAGGCAACCAUUGAUGCAAACACAGGACUAAGUCCUAACGUACGAUGAAGAAGAAGAAAAAAUUUAUACCUCUUAAUGUGAUUAAACUAGAUUUUCAAUCCCUAAUUUAUCGGAAAACUUUCAAAUUUAUUCAUGCGUGUACUAAAACAAUUAUACAGAAAUAAGUAUAUGGGAAAUGUUAUUUAAAAAAAUUGUCGUCUUCAAAUUUGCAAAAUUCAAAAUGAAUUUUCAAUCAAUGUUCAUUUCAUGAAUGUCACAAUGUUGAGAUGCAGUUUGCUGCAAUCAACAAAGGAAGAAUUAUAGUUUGAAGGAUAAUACGUAGUGUGGUCGAUGAGUUCUUAGUUUAACAAGGUAAAAUAGAAAAAAACUGAUUAUUAGAUUCGAAAUUUUUGUUUAAUUUCACCUUCGCAGUUAAAUAUUUCACCCCUUGACUCGGUCUAGGGCUUUGCGAACAAAAUAUAGUCGAACGGGGCCAUAGGAUACAAGUCCAAAGGGUGGUUUUACCAAGGUCUCAAAGAACUAACUGAACGUUAAUUCCAUAGAACAAACAAUAUUUAAUAAACAGUGAACAAUGGAAAGCGACAAUAUUUAUGAGACAACCUCUAUAAAUUCAGCUUAUGUGGGCUUAAUUUUGAAAACAACGUUUCUAGAAACAUUUUCUCUAUAUUU